CAAUAAACUUAUGAAAAAAAUAGCUAGGUUAAAGCGACGAAUGAAAAUGGUGGUAAGGAGAGGAGGAGCACAAAUUAUGUGUCUUCAAGACCUGCUUGAUAAACUUCAAGCUCAAGAACGACGUCUGCGAACAUUGUGUCAGUUCCGACAAGCUAGGUUUCGAAGGAAACAAUUAAUUAAUUUAAGAAGACUCUCCACCUUCCCUGACAAUACUACAAAUAAUGAAGCUCAAGAUCGGCGUCUGCGAACAUUGUGUCAGUUCCGACAAGCUAGGUUUCGAAGGAAACAAUUAAUUAAUUUAAGAAGACUCUCCACCUUCCCUAACAAUACUACAAAUAAUGGUAUUUAGUUACUGUUA